AUGGUGCUUAUAAAACAGGCUCAGAACAGGUAGACGGGCUAGUUAGUCCCAAAGCCUGUCAGGAUGAUGUUCUCUGCAUAUUUCAAAUCAGCGUUCCUGCUAACCGUCUUCGUGUCAUUGGGAGAAGGAUUUUUCCUCUAUGGCAAGAAAUCGUCGGCACCUCGUGAAUCAUCGCCACCGCAGUGGCAGCAACAGUACAGCCUGCGUGGAGACAACAACGGACUGGGUUGGCCCGUUCACAUGUCGUUCUCUCCUCACAACGGACAGAUGUCGCCGUUCGCCUUUGACGCAGUCGCCGCCAACCCAACCGCCGUCACCGUCGCGCUUCCGGUCGCUGUGCCUAUUCAAGCCGCGCACAUGACCAAGAUGUCCUCUCCUGCUCAGAUGAGUCCCCACGCGCAGACCCCCCAGCUUCAUAACGUUCAGCUUGUGCCCUGCCUGUGCCCCGUCUCCAAGGACUUCGACCCCCUCCCCCAGGCACCCACCCCAUCUGCCGCCUCCCCGUCAACCGCCUCCUUCGUAGCAGCAGUCGCUAAUCCUGACAACCAACAAUAAAUCCACUAAAACUACCAGCAACUCUAUUCUAAUAUUUAUUUAUUAUUUAAUAACAAUUUAUAAUAUUUGAAGACUUCUUUAAAUAAUGAAACUUGAACACUAAUAAUUAUUGAACUCGAUCAUUGAAAUAGUAUUUGAACACUGUGAUUUUUAAAAUUUAUUAUUUGUGGUUAUCUGUAUUUUUCAUGAUGCCGAAACAUUUGCCAAAAAUAUUCUUCAUGAUUUCAUUAAAUAAUUCAACCAUUUUGACUAUCUUAAACAAUAUUGUACUUUGAUAUUACACUGAUAAUAUAAACAAAAACUUAAUCAAAAUGGGAAUAGAGAUGAGACAUGAGCUCUACUGGAAUAAGUGGACCUAUUGAAUUUAUCAAAGAACUUCCCUGAUUUCUUGAGUGCUCAACAAUAAAAAAUACCUGUACUGUAGAUACUUGAUUACUAAUACUUGGUUACGGUACCUAGUGUUCGUGGACUUCAAGCAAGACUGAUUAUUUAAAAAAUGUUCUCAAAACUGAUUUCAUUGCGUUCAUCGAGACUGAAUAGUAGAAGACUGAUAAUUAAUAGUUCAUUAAAUAUUUUGAGUAUCAUUAGUGAACAUAUAAUAGCAUCCAUUUCAAUUGUGUCAGAAUUAAUGUAAUAAGCAACAUUAGAGAUAGAAAUUAUAAGAGAUUUAUUAGAAUCUACCAAACAAAGAAUAUACAAGUAAUUCGAACUUUGAUUGUCAAUUAUUGAUGUAAUAUACUUUUGAAAAUAAUCAUAGGAAUGAUUGAGCAAAAUGAAACUUAUCCUGAAUGUGAGUAACACUAUUGUCAAUAAGUGAAUUGAAAGUGUGAAUAAAGUUUUUAUUUAUUGA